GUCGGCCAAUGACCAAAUGCUCCCUCUAUCCGAGGGGCAGGCCGAGCUUCGCGUUCGCUUCGGCGUUCGCGACACGAACCCGAUCGAGCUGCUGGCCGCUGGACUCCCGAAUGGCGCCGACACCUCGGCCCUCUCGGUCAAAAUGAGCGUCUUCUCGGCGGGCGAAGCCAACGCGCCGGCGGCACUCCUUCCGCAGAUCAACAUUUGCAACUAUGGCGCCCUCUCCGACAGCCAGUGCGACAAGUACCUGGCACUGCUGGAGGCUCUUGGCCCCCAGCCCCCCUCGGCCAGGACCCCGGUCGGGCCGUUCCCCUCCUUCGUGCCGACCAUCCAGCCGGAGUUCGGCGUCCCCUGGUCGGCCGGCGACAGCUUCGAGUUCACACUCCGGCUUCAGGAGGCCGCCCUGAAGCAGGUGUUCAUGUGUUUCGAGAUCUUCUCCGCCCCGAGCGGGCCCGAGGGCAGCACCUCGCCGGUGCCCAUGCUGCUGGCCUCGGCCACCGUCACCCCCGGGCAGUUUGCCGGCAAGUCGGCCGACAUCAUCGAGGCGGCCCUCCUUUCGGCUGGCUGCCCUUCGCGGCCGGCCGGGCGCCUGCGGGCGGAUGUCCUCAUUGGCCGGGCGCUCCCGGCGUCCGUUCUGGCCCUGGCCGCCUCGGCCACGAUCCCCUCGCCCGGCAUGCAGGCGGACUUCCCCUUUACCAGCCUCCCCUCGACGGCGGGGUCCUCGGCCGACGAGCUGGCCGGGGUCACCCUGCCGGCUCCAACCUACGGGCCAGUCAGCGGGCUGGGGGCCCGGCGGGUGGGGCACCGGGGGGCCGGCGCAUCCGAUCGCAAUGUCAGCCCCUCGCCGGCCUGGCUGUCUCCCCUGCGAGAGAACACCCUCCUGUCUCUUUUGCGCGCAUCGCGCAACGGCGCCGAUGGCGUGGAAUUCGAUGUGCUCCUGAGCAAGUGCAAGCAGGUGGUCGUUUACCACAACACUGAUGCUCGCGUGCGUGGCACCGUGCGCUCCGAUGGCGAUGCCGGUGCCCAGGGCUUCGAGGAUGUGGUCAUCAAUCUGAACCAGAUGUCCACCAAGCAGCUGCGUUCCCUGCACCUGGGCCUGACUGGCGAGGUCCCCGGGGCGGAUGGCCAGCCGGCGGACCUCGGCGGCGAUCCGGGCUUCGAGUGCAUGUCCACCGAGCCGGGUCACGGCCGCGCGGCCGGCACUGUCUGCCCCAUCAACCAGGACCCCAAUGCCAGCGGCGUGGCCACUGCCUCCGGUCAAGCCAGCACCACCCCAUGUGUCCCGGCCCCCGGCUACAUGCCGUCUCUGCAGCAGCUUUUCGACACUCUCCCGCCCGGGCUGAUGUUCAACAUCGAGAUCAAGUUCCCCACGCCGGCCAUUGUCCCGGAUGAGGUGAACACCUUCGACCAGUGGGCCGAUCGCAAUUUCAUGCUGGACGAGAUCCUGCGCGUGGCCCUGGCCCCGCAGCCCAUCUGUGCCCGGCCGAUCGUCAUCUCCAGCUUCGACCCCGAGAUUUGCUACCUCGCUCGUCUCAAGCAGUCGGCCAUUCCGGUGAUCUUCCUGACCACCGGCGGGCAUCCUGUGUACGGGGCAUAUGGCGAUGUUCGGUCCAUGUCAGUUGCGGCGGCCAUCUCCUUUGCGCGGGUUGCGCGCCUGCAUGGGGUCUGCUCUUUCACCGCGCCGCUGGUCGAGCAGCCGGAGCUCAUUACUUUGGUCAAGAAAUUUGGCCUGAGCCUCUUCACGUGGGGCUCGCACAACAACGACGCCAAGGAGGCUACCAAGGCCCGUUCCCUCGGUGUGGACGGCAUCAUCUCGGACCUCUUCCACCUGCCACAGGCGCCCACUGGCGAGGCGACCCUGGGUGACCAGUGAGAUCGCGCGGUACACAUCAUGUGCGGGGGGUGGUGGAGGAGGGCCCGAGCAGCAUGGUAAAGACGCGGCAGGGGGGCGGGGGGAAGGGGAGUAUGCAUCCCUUCCCCUCUCCCUCUCCCUCUCCCUCCCCGCC